AUGCAUGCCGCCUGUCUAGCUGCAACCUCCGCUAACCGGGCCCUUCCCUGUAGAGCUCUCUUCGUAAAGAACCUGAGCUUCAACGUCACUCCAGAGGAGCUUUUCGACCUCUUUGGCAAGUUCGGCCCGGUGCGCCAAAUUCGCCAGGGUAUCGCCAACAACACAAAGGGCACCGCCUUCGUCGUCUAUGAGGACGUCAUGGAUGCAAAGUCAGCUUGCGACAAGCUGAACGGCUUCAACUUCCAGAACCGUUAUCUCGUCGUGUUAUAUCACCAGCCAGACAAGAUGAUCAAGGCCGCAAACGACCUCGCCGAGCGCCAAGAGAACUUAGAAAAGCUCAAACAGCAACACGGCAUUGAUUAG